CUCAUUAAUCUCUCUCGAGCUUCAGCAAAUUCCCGCUGAAAGCCCAGAGCAUUGCGAGAUCCAUCCAACAAUGGGAAAUUGCCUGAAGCCUCAAUCCUCGAAGAAACGCGUCUACGACGACGAAUCCGACGACGGCGAGGAUUGGAGUUGGCCGACGCCGUCUCCGGCGGCGGAGAGAGGAACAAAGGGAGGUUAUUCAGCUAAGAACGUCGGGGAUUUCUCCGGUAAGAUAACGGAGGUGAAGAUCAAGAUCUCGAAGAAGCAGCUGGAGCAACUGCUGAGUAAAAUGGAGGUGAAGGAGCUGGGGGUGGAUCAAGUGAUGACGCAGUUAAUGAGCCACGGAAAACGCCAUGGAUAUGAGGUUUAUCAGCAUCAACGAUCAUGGAGGCCUGCUCUGCAGAGUAUUCCAGAGGUGAAUUGAGAGCUUUUAGGGCUAGAUUUUGAAGCAGACGAGGUGGAGAGAAUUGGCCUGUGAGGUCAAUCCUGCUUCUUCUCCUUCUUCUUCUUGGUUCUCAUUUCUUGUGUAUUUCGGUGGUCCCUUCAGAUUUUGGUUUGUGUAUAUAUGAAAUUGGGGAUCCUAUUUCGCCUGUGAUAGAUUUUUGGUCUCCCUCCUUGUCUUGUACACUACUGGAUUUGAAAUCUUCUUCUCUGAAC